AUGUCACAAUGCCGCUUCCUCCAUGUGUGCUCCUUCUGCGGCGGCGGACAUGCCAGGUCUGCAUGCCCGCAUAAUCCUACUUCCUUCAAGUCAGGUAAGCACCCCUCAACACCUAUCAAUAUCAUGGCACUGAAAGCUGCUCUCCGUCACCAUCCUGAUCCCGCUUUUGUCGAAUUUCUUAUUACCGGUUUCAAGGAAGGCUUCCACCCCGGUAUAUCAGUAGAACCAUCUGUUUCAUUUGAAUGUAAUAAUCUGCAAUCAGCCACCAACGACCCAAGCUUUGUCGAUCGCCUACUCUCUAAAGAGAUCGAGCAAGGCUUCAUGAUCGGCCCCUUCUCUCAACCUCCCUUCCCUACCUUUCGCAUCAGCCCCCUCGGUAUAGCUACCCGAAAAUACUCAGGCAAGCAGCGGAUCAUUAUCGAUCUCUCAGCUCCGCACGGCAGCAGCGUCCCUAGUCUUAACAGCCUCAUCCCUAGCGAAGAUUACUCACUUCAUUACGCUACAAUAAACCAUGCUAUCGCUCUCAUUAAACUUGCAGGCAAAAAUUCAUGGCGUUCAAAAGCCGACAUCACCAGUGCAUUCAAAGUCCUUCCCAUCCACCCUGAUUUCUGGCGGUUUUUCGGCGUUAAAUGGCGAGGUGCUUACUACUUUGCAGUGAGACUCACCUUCGGCUGCAAAAGUAGUCCCAAACUGUUCGACACGUUAUCAGAAGCCCUAUGCUGGAUACUAUGUAAUAAUCACGGCAUCCAAUUCCUCGUUCAUCUCUUAGAUGAUUUUCUGCUCAUCAGCCCACCCUCUUCUCCUCCCGCAUCUGGCAUAACCACACUGACCGCUGUGUUUGCCGAUCUUGGCGUCCCACUAUCGGCGGAGAAAACGGAGGGCCCUUCCACUUCACUCGAGUUCUUGGGCAUCACGCUCGACACUAACUCGUUCCAAGCGUCCCUCCCCAUCGAAAAGCUCAAACGUAUCUGUCUUCUCAUUUCUAACUUCCUCAUGGCCCCAUCUUGCACUAAACGACAAUUACUCUCACUCCUCGGCCACCUUAACUUCGCCCUACGCAUUAUCCCACAGGGUCGGGCAUUCAUUUCCCACCUUCUGUCUAUCGCCUCAUCAGUACCGUCGCUCCUGUCAUCCGUCUCACUAAACCCAUCUUGUCUCGCCGAGCUGCGCUUAUGGCUCCAUCUCCUCUCAAACUGGAACGGUAUUUCCUUUUUCUACGACGAUCAAUUAACCAAUUCUCUUGAUAUUCAGCUCUUUACCGAUGCCGCUCCCUCAGCCGGUUUUGGGGGUUUCUUUAAUGGUAGAUGGUUCGCUUCGUCAUGGCCCCCAGAGAUCACGAACAAUUGCGAGGUCGCUUCCUCUGCGCUCUUCGAAAUCUACCCAAUCGUAGCUGCCGCCGUCCUAUGGGGACACGAAUGGUCCACAAAAUCCAUCCUCAUACACUCUGAUAAUCUUUCAGUAGUCGACAUCAUCAAUAAAGGUCGUUCCAACUCUAAUUCAAUCAUGCCAUUCAUGCGUCGCCUCACCUGGCACUCUGUUACCCACCAAUACAUCCUCCGCGCUGCCCACAUCCCAGGCCACCAUAAUGCUAUUGCUGACUCUCUCUCUCGCUUCCUAUUUCAGAAGUUCAGAAACUUGGCUCCGAACGCCGACCCGAUGCCGACUCCAGUUCCUCCGUAUUCAGCGUUGACUUUCAACGUAUAAAUCCAUCUCUGGUACCCCUUAUCAUCGAAUCUCAAAAGCACAUCAUUAACAGUUUAUCACCCGCAACACUCUCCUCAUACUGGACAGCCUGGAAUAAUUUUCAUCAAUUUCAUAACCGACAUAACAUUAU